AUGCCAAGAUUGAAUGGCACUUCGCUUCCAUCGGUCUACUGUUGGCUCGAAAUUUCUACGAAAGAAGCCGAAUUCAGGGUGAGCUUCACUCUUAAAGAAGAACUGGCUGGAAUCUACAAAUGUACUUCGUCGUCAAGUCCGGAUUCCGCUUUUUAUCAGCCGGUCGGUUGGGACAUUGUCAAAAAUAAUCUCGCCUACGAUAAGCUGUUUAGCACAUACGAAAAGGGAAGCACGCGAUCUAUCUGCACUUCAUGCAUGAACAAGUCGUGGAUCAGCCAGAGUUGUACGGAAAACCUGUGCGCUGCUUCGCUUCAAGUUACGCCGCAUUGCCGGAGCAUCAAUCUGCAAGAUCUUAACAAAUGUCUCGAGCAUGAGCGGAAGGUGAAUGUCGUCAACUGUUGCUAUGCCAACGGGGUUCCGCUCGGAUCCUGCAUGAAUAGAUGCGAGAUGGUGCCCUCGUAUCAAAAUGACUGCUCAGCCUUUGAAAGCACCAUUUUCAAAUGCAUGGCCUUGGCUGCUCCACUAGAACUGUCUACAAACAAGUUCGAUAUCAUCGACGUCCAGCCAAACGAUGGAGUCAUUUUCGCGUGGAUACCCGAGACCAGCGUUCGAGCUUACAUAACGGAAUUCAGUAGUUUGCACAAAAUGUCAAAGUUGACAGUUUACGAAAAAGAACAGACCUAUGCCAUAUUUCAGAAAAGGGAUAAAGAUAUACUUUCCUACAGCAUUGCAACGACUAACACAUUUGGCACCAGCGAAUGGACGCACCCAAUCACAGUUGAGUAUAAAAAAAGUAAGCCAAACUUUGGUUUCCAUCAUAAAUAA